UUUGCUGACUGUUUACAUCGGUAACGGCACUCACACUCCUCUUCAUAGUUCUGUGUAUGUCCUCUUUUACGUUAAACGUCUGUCAGUAAGUAUAUUCAUGUCAUCACUAAAGAAUCGAAGUAGUGCCUCAGCGCCGGCAGACGAAGCUUCUAAGUCUCUACAGCAUGGAACGCCGACGAAAGAUUGCGGUCAGGUAUACAACGAAGAUUCGGGAAUUUUCUACUGGCUGUUCAUCGUUGACAUGACGUUGACGAGAAUGCUGGGCAUCUGUGCGAAGCCCGAGUCGCCCCUAGGAAUGUUCCGACCGGUCAUGAAAGCGUUAGAGAUCUCCGGUCACGGCGUACCGUGGAUAGGCGCUUGUCUAAUAGGAUUGGCGGUCUCGCAUCGACCGGAGAUGUACGAGCUCUUGAUCAACGUGUUAACUGCCAUUGCCAUCGAUCUGCUGAUUGUGAGUACGAUCAAGGUGAUAUGCCGUCGCCGGCGUCCUGCAGAAAACCAGAUGGACAUGUUUGUGACAGUGUCGAUUGACAACUACUCCUUCCCAUCUGGACACGCAACGCGUGCUGCCAUGAUGACCUGUCUUUUCAUCCUCAAGACCAAUCUAAGCUGUUUCUCGGUGGUGUCAGUCGUCGUGUGGGCGACGGCGGUCUGCAUCUCUAGAGUGAUGCUGGGAAGACAUCACGUGUUUGACGUCCUCGCUGGAGCCGUGCUGGGCUGCCUGGAGUAUCGGCUGGUUGGAGCUAUCUGGAUUCAGCAGGAGACCUGCGUGGCCCUCAUGCAACCUUUCCAGGCGUCGUUUCACAUAUAACUCAGAAGACGCGACGAAAGAAUUCAAGAAGUCAUUCAAGUGGUGCUGCAUCACUACUGAACGUGUCAGUAGAGAGAUGCAUGUGGGUGGCCAUCUAGAAUGUAUCCGACAGUGUUUAUCGCGUCUACGAGUAUGCGAGAGACAAUUAGGAACUAGCUAGUUGUGGCAAACGUGUGUGAAACUGUGGCUGGUAGAAAGCUGUAGAUGUUUUAAAGUUAUUCGUGGUAGCAGUUAACUCAGGAAAGAUGUUGCAGUGUAUGGUGUCUAUGAGACAAAUCUGAUAUUGUCAUCAGGAGUACGCGAUCGAGGGAAUUCUUAAUUAAAAUAUUUUAGAGAAAUUAGGUAAUUUAGAGCAUCUCUAGUUCAUGUACUACUGAUAAUAUAUCAGUGCACGAAAGCACGGCCCCACCUGUUGACAAUAUUAUAUCGACUUGUAGAUGAAAGUGGUCUAAUACCGUCGUAAAACAACUGAAUACCAAUAUAGGUAUUUUAGUCACAAAGGCUUUUGCUGCAUUGGAUUUCCUAUGAAUAUCUACAGAUCUAGUUAAUUGUUUUUAAAUAUUAAUUUUGUAUAUGACUAUAUGUAAGUAUAUCAUAGUUGAAAUUUGUGAAAUUAUUAUAUGGCCAAUUCUUUGACGUGUAUAUAUUUAUGGUCUUUCUUUUAAGACCGGCUCAUAUUGUGUGAAAAUGUACUGUUAUUCAACGUCAGCAGUAAUGAUGAAUCAUGGUCAAGACGUGAGUGUGUGCGAACCUGUACAGAGUACAAAUACUAAUAACUGUGAUUUUAUUGAAAUUAUAUGUUGAAACAUAAAUAUGUUGAUCAUCCCA